AACUCAACUUGCCACUUCAAACACAAGCGUUCACUUCGAGAUUACCAAGUCAAGACAAUGUUUCCCUGGCCCGGAUCUCCGCGACGGUGCCCUCCUCCUCCGCUGCCUGAGUACUACGGCCCUCCGCCCCCCGCGCCGGUCAUCUACGCAGUGCCCCCACCGCCUCCAAUCGUGUACGAGGUUCCUCCGCCACCUCCAGUAGUCUACGCCGCACCGCCCCCGGUUGUCUACGAGGUGCCGCCUCCCGUGUACUACGAGUGCUCGCCACCCCCGUCACCGCACUUUCACCACCACCACCACCACGGAUGGUAAUCCUCGCAGUCAACAACGACAUUCAAUCAUUGCUAAGAAAAAAUAUAAUUCAUUGCACCCGUU